AUGGCUGACACUGAUGCCGCCGCCGCUCCGGCGCCUACACGGCCCACCAAGCCGGAUGAGGCGCUCUUCAAGGAGAACCUCGCUAAGGCUGAGAAGGAGCACACUCAGAUCAUGACCCAAUACAACGCCAUCAAGCAGAAGAUCGAGCUUACUCAGUCCAACAAGAACUCGGAAAAUCCCACCGCCAAGCGCCGAAGCGAGCUUCAGGAACAGCUGAAGGAAAUCCGAAGCAAGCAGGGCGUCGGCAAGAACUCCCGUAUUUCAAAGCAAGAUGAAAUCAAGCGCCUCGACGAGCAGAUCCAGGCCUGUAAAAAAGAGAUGAAGCCCGUGCCAGACCCCCUUACGAACGACGACAAGAAACUUCUCAAGACCGUGGACGAUAUUGACCGUGUGACUGAGAUAAUCCAGGGCCAAAUCGAGGGUGGGAAGCUUAGACUUGUCCAGGAGAAUGAGUACAUUAAGAACGUACUCCCCAGGCUCGGCAAGUCGCGCAAGCUGUUCAAUGACAAUCAAGUGAAAGUGGAUAAUCUUCGGGAAAAGAUUCAGGAGAUCAAGGACAGCUUGAACAACCCAGAGGCCAAGGAGCUCAGCGAGAAGUAUACCGAGCUACAAAACGAGCUGGAUGCCAUCAAGGCCGAGCAGGAUGAGGCCUACAAGGGCCUAUCUUCCCUGCGCGACGAACGCACCAAGCUGCAGGCCCAGCAGCGUGAGAAGUUCGAGACGAUCAGGAAGCUCAAGGACGAGUACUACGGCCAGAGGAAGGCUUUCCAGGCCUACGACCGCGAGCAGAAGCAGAAGGCCUGGGAGCGAUCGCGGGCCGAGCGGGAACGUAUCGAGAAGGAGCGCAAGCUGGAGCGCGCCCAGAAGAUGCUUGCCGAGGCUAGCGACCCGGCAUACCUGGAUGAGAUCCGCCGCGCCAACAGCCUGCUGCAAUACUUUGACCCGUCGUUUGUCGCCGAGAAGGCUCCUCUCCACGCCAGCACCAACUUGCAGGCUCAGGCGGAGCGCAAGGUUGACGGCUCUGACCUCAAGGGUGUCAAGAUCCUAAGCAAGAAGGACCGUGAUGAGGACUUCUUCCCCGCCCAAAAGAAAGGCAAGAAGGGCAAGAAGCACAACGCCGCCGCGACCAAGACUACUUUCAAUGUCCCGCCUGCCGUUCUCGAGGAUUGCUCUUUCAUGGGCAUCGACCCUCCCAUGAGCGCUGAUGAGGUCCCUGGCGUUGUGGAGAAGGUCAAGGCUAAGCUCGACCAGUGGAAGUCCGACCAGGCGAGUCAGACACAGAAGAAUAUCGAGAAGGCCAAGAAGGAGAUCGAGAAGAUUGAGUCGGAGGAGGCCAAGGAGAAGGAGGGCAAGAAGUCACCCUCCGGCAUCGCAACACCCAACGGAAACGGCGCCACCGCAAAUGGCGAAAGCGCCGAUGAUAAGGUCGCGGAAGUCACCAAGGAGGUCGAGGACGCUUCCAUCGAAGACAAGGAGGAGGAGGCUGUUGCCGCGGCAUAA